CAAUGUCGCUGCAGAAUCACUGGUGUUAGUGGUGGUGGGUUACAGAGUAAGAGGUCUUCUAGAGAGAAGAAGACUAAUAAAGGUGUUUGCUUUUUUCAAAAAAACUCCACCAAAUAAAGAGCUUUCUUAGAUUAGUGAGAACCAUAUCUUUCUCUCUUUCUUCUUGUUGGCUUUAGACUGAGAAGAUGAGUUCUGAGGCGCAUUUUAGCAAUGAGAGGGUUUUCAUUUGGUUCUGCUCUUGGGGACUGCUCUCUCUAACAUGCGCAGCAGGGAGGCUCAGUGUCUCGACUCAGAACUUGGAAGUGCACAAACACUUGAAACGAUUGAACAAACCAGCCGUUAAGAGCAUUCAGAGUCCAGACGGUGACAUAAUAGACUGUGUUCAUAUCUCCAAGCAACCAGCUUUUGACCAUCCUUUCCUCAAAGACCACAAGAUUCAGAUGAAUCCUAGUACCAUCCCUGACCUGAUGUUUGGUGAGAACAAAGUGUCUGAGAAGCCAAAAGAGAAGUUCAAUCCAGUCACUCAGUUAUGGCACCAGACCGGAGCGUGUUCCUCGGGGACAAUACCAGUGAGGAGGACAAAGAAAGAAGACGUUCUGAGAGCAAGCUCCGCUAAACGCUACGGUAAGAAGAAGCACCGUACAGUCCCCCUGCCGCGUUCUGCUGAUCCUGAUCUCGCCAACCAAAGUGGUCACCAGCACGCUAUAGCUUAUGUGGAAGGAGGCAAGUUUUACGGAGCUAAGGCGACUAUAAACGUUUGGGAACCCAAAGUACAAAGCUCAAAUGAGUUCAGCUUGUCUCAGCUGUGGAUUCUUGGUGGUGCUUUUGGUCAAGAUCUCAACAGCAUUGAAGCUGGUUGGCAGGUUAGUCCGGAUCUAUAUGGUGAUAACAAUACAAGACUAUUCACAUACUGGACGAGUGAUGCUUAUCAAGCUACUGGCUGCUACAAUCUCCUUUGUUCCGGUUUUAUACAAAUCAACAGUCAAAUAGCAAUGGGAGCUAGUAUAUCUCCUGUAUCUGGCUUCCAUAACCCGCAAUACGAUAUCAGCAUUACCAUUUGGAAAGAUCCGAAAGAAGGGCACUGGUGGAUGCAGUUUGGGGACGGGUACGUGUUGGGGUACUGGCCAAGCUUUCUGUUCUCGUACUUAGCUGACAGUGCGUCGAUAGUGGAAUGGGGUGGGGAAGUAGUGAACAUGGAGGAAGAUGGUCACCACACGACCACUCAAAUGGGGAGCGGUCAGUUUCCGGAUGCAGGGUUCUCGAAAGCAAGUUACUUUCGGAAUAUUCAAGUUGUUGAUAGCUCUAAUAACCUGAAGGAACCAAAAGGGCUCAACACUUUUACUGAGAAGUCGAAUUGCUAUGAUGUUGAGGUUGGUAAGAAUGAUGAUUGGGGGCAUUACUUUUACUAUGGUGGCCCCGGAAGAAACCCUAAUUGUCAGUAGAUGGUAGAACAGAAGAAAGAGGAAGAUGUGGAUGAUGAAGAUGUAGAGAAGUAACACUUGUGUUUAUGUGAAGUGUGGAAAUAUCGUUUUUGUUGAUUUUUUUCUUACACUUUUCCCUUUGGGUUUCUAGGUUUUGAUUAGGUUUUAGUUGCGGUUUUGGGGUUUUUAUUUGUUACUUGGGUUGGAAGAGAACAACUCUUUCUGCAGUUUGUAAGUGUGAAAGAGAAUUUGAUAAGUCUUUAUCUUUUGUAACCUUGAACAAAAGGAGGUUGCAGAGCUUUGGGUUGUUUUAGAGUCUUACCUAUUUGCUGCUUACUGAAAAGAGAUUUUGUGAGUGUGAAAGAUAGAGUUUGUGAAAGAGAGAAUCUGCAUCU